AUGACGAUCACCAACGUUCUACUUAUCGGUGCAACCCAGGGCUGUGGCCUUGAGACGUUGCUGCAGCUUCUCAACUCGCAAAACCCUUACACCCUCACACUGCUGGCUCGCAACCCUGAUGCGUUCCAGCAGACUCUUGUCGAGCGCAAUGCGGCUCUGGCCAACUCCCCGACGCUCUCAACCAAGCUUCGAGUCCUCAAAGGCGACGCGCUCAAGCCUGCUGAUGUUUCAAAUGCCUUCGCUGAAGCUCAGCGAUUUGGCGGAAACCUAGACGCAGUCUUUUUCGGCGUGGGUGGGCGCUUGGUCUUUUCCUCCAAUCCGUUUGCUCAACCAACGCUUUCGCCCGAGUCCAUCUGUGCGCGAUCCAUACGCAACGUGACAGACGCUUUGGUCGCUCUCGGCCAGCAAGAUCAACCGCGGCUCGUGGUCAUCUCUUCCAACGGUCUCGGAAAGCAUGGUCACUCGCUCUUGCCUUACCUUAUGCGCCCGCUCUAUUCCUAUUUGCUACCAGCCCCACACAUUGACAAGGAGCACAUGGAGACACACCUCCAAUCACUGGCCGGUCUUCGAGACGCAGACUUCAAUCCGGUCCCUGAUGCCCAGCUCGAGAAGGAGCCCAAGAUCAAAAAGCUAGUCAUUGUACGACCUGCUCUUCUCGUAAAUGGUGAAGCCACAAAGAAAUUUCGAGUAGGACCAGAGCUCCGUGCUGGAUACACUAUGCGCCGAUCCGAUGUAGCUUACUUCGUCUACAACAAUCUUCUCGGUGGUCCCCAAGACGAGGCGCAGUAUGUCGGAAAGUCAAUCAUGCUGGCCUACUGA